AUGUCAGAAUUUUAUAAAUUAGCUCCAACUGAUGGUAAGGGAGAAACAUUCCCAUUCAAAGAUUUAGAAGGUAAAGUUGUCUUGAUUGUCAAUGUUGCUUCAAAAUGUGGUUUCACUCCUCAAUAUAAAGAAUUAGAAGAAUUAAACCAGAAAUAUAAAGAUCAAGGUUUAGUUAUCUUAGGAUUCCCAUGUAAUCAAUUCUUAGGUCAAGAACCAGGAAGUCAAGAUGAAAUUCAAAGUUUCUGUCAAUUGAACUAUGGUGUUACAUUCCCAGUUUUAAAGAAAAUUGAUGUUAAUGGUGAUAAUACUGACCCAGUUUUCAAAUACUUAAAAUCCCAAAAAUCAGGAUUAUUAGGUUUAUCCAGAGUUAAAUGGAAUUUUGAAAAAUUCUUAGUCGACAAAACUGGUAAGGUUGUUGAAAGAUAUGGUUCAACCACUAAACCAUUAUCAAUUGGUUCAAAGAUUGAAUCAUUAUUAAAAUAA